AUGGAAGCCGUGGGAGAGAAUAAACCGCACGCCCUUGCGGAGUCGCUCUUGGCUCACGAAAUUAGUCCCGAUGCGUGGCAGCAGGCGGUGCGGCCCGAGGCGAACUCACCUGCCGGACGGGAAGAAGUGAGUGGGGGCGAUGGCAACCAGAUCCUUUUUUCAGCUGCACUAGCCUCCAAGAAACCUCCAGGACGUUUGGUGGCAGAGCUGCAGAUUGAGACCCUUUCGACGACGUGUGGACGCAUAUUUUUGUAUUCGUGGUAUUUUAUGCUUUUGUUUGCGUUGUUUCUCCAGUCCAUGGUUUCAUUGCAGUGGGAAAUGACAAACAUUUGUGGGGCCACGCAAGAGAGCCUCUAUAAGCUGGACAAGUGGAGUAGUCCCUGCGUUCAGAGUCGUGCGCAAAGAUCCGAUGCUAUCAACUGGUCCGAAUUUGCUGUGGGGGGAAAUUUGCACGAUGUUCCAGUGGACAUUUUACAAGGUUCUGCCAUAGGUGAGGAGGAAAUAACGGGAUCGGUAAGGAAUGUCACUAUUAUACCGAAUGAUUUUGGGUUUCGCCGUCAACGUACCCUCCGUUGGGUAGGCGAUGGCCAAGGAAUGCUCCUGGAUUUAAAACUUAACCGUUUUGUGAGGGUCAUCUUGAGCAUGGCCUCGCCGCGGGAUCAGUUGCCGGAGGGAGUCAAUUGGGAAAAGUAUCCACUUAUGAUUGCCCUCGAAGAGUCACCGCUUCCCCCAGAUGACAACGAGAGCAGCAGUAGUGACAUGCAACCAAAAAAAUCUGUCUUUUUUUACAACACGAGUACUAUAUGCUAUCGUUCUAGUCCGCGCUGUUCUUCGGUGGUGCUCCCGCAGACCGUGGCGGUGGCUACGAACGAGUCGCGAAUUACGCUUACCAUCUUUGGAGUGGAUGAGGCUCUGGCAAAUGUUUCUGCUGCAUCUGCCGUGGGGAUAUUUUUUCAACGGGCUGAAUACACCAUGGGUACUAUUGUGUGCCGUUAUGUAUUUUUGCUUUUUUCCAUUCUUCACCUUAUUCGGUUUAUUUAUCGCAAGCGAUACUCGAGAACCCUUUACGAGCAGCACUGGGUGAUGUUCUUGCACCUGGCACUUUACCUGUACCUCGAUCCCGUUUUUGUUGCGGGUAUUUACGAAACCCAAGGAGCAUCAGUGUAUCAUUUUUUUGAGUUUCACGUUCCAACCUACUUCGCGGCCUUACUAAGCUGUUUUAUUUACGCAUUGAUUACGGCUUCCAUGAGCUGGACUAUCAGCAGUGAAGAGAGGGCGAGGUAUAGAUCUCUGUCAGACAGUGAGGCUCUUAGGGAAACUGUAGGGCCAUGUGCCGUUUUUGCUUCUUCGCCCACCUUGGGGACCGCAGGUUUGGCUGUUGGUAUGCCACCCGUGUUGACAUCAUCGUUACAGGAAGAGGAAGAACGAUACCCAUCGCCAAGGGAAAUUUCGCGUCGGGCGUCUUUUUCGGGUUUAAAUGAGGUUCGUCCCAUUGAAGUGGUAGAUGGUGCCAUUCCGCUAUGGGCGAAAUUUUCAAUGGUGAACUAUUUGCUGGCGGUCUUUCUUCUUGACCUUGCCCAGUCUUAUGUUGGAGGUUGGGAUUGGGGAACAGAUAUGACGUGCGUGAGCUUCUCAUGCUUAUAUAUUCGCUACACCCUUUAUAGCUUGAUGCUGAUUUUUAUAAUUGUUUGUUGUGUGUUGCUUGUACAGCUUCACCGCAGUCUUGGUAGACGCCCGUACUUGGAGACCCGGCCUCAACAGCUGGCAUGUCGUGUUUUCAUUUUCGUAUUUACGACAGCAUUGAUCUACUUCGUCGUGCAGGUGAUUCUGAUUGCCUUUCUCUACCCUCAGAUCAUCGGCAUCGUGGCGUACCAACCGUUUACGCAGCUUUCCCCAGUAAUUGUCUCCACCUUUUUUGUCAAUCAUAUCACAUUUGUUUACACGACUACUGUCGCCUCACGUCGUGUGCCGAUACGCCCUGAAAAUCCGCAUUGGCGCCGUGUUGUUUGGUCGAGCGAAUGGUAUCGCUGGCUUAAUCUGCACGGUGGGAUAUUGUACAUCUUCCAUAAUGAGCGGCAGGAGCGGUACUUUAACUGGGUGCAGAACAAAGGGAAAAAUUCCUCAGAGCCUUGUUGUGAGGCAAAUGGUACUGCCGUUAAGAAAAAGCGGUCAACACGGGAAGAAGUUGGUGAGGAGGCGAAUGCCGGCGCUGCCGUGCUUGGAAGUGAAGGAAGGACGUGUGAACAAAGGGCAGCUGUGGCUGAGAACAAAGAUGGGGACUUCUCUUCAGAGAGCAGCGACACCGGGGCGAGCGAUAACGACAGGGAUUAUGUGGACUCACAGACGGAGAGGCCGCAUCCUCUGCGAACCCCGCGGACCCGAGGCGGGGUGGUGGAGUUUCUGGAGAAGGCUGAGCGUCACCUGAUUGACCGGCCCGCGAUUCUUAUUGAUCACCUUGAAGGGGUCCUGGUGGAUCCUCUGCAGUCUCUUUUUUUGCGCCGCAGGGGUCGAAUGCCCUUUUUUAACUUGGAGACUGCCAUCGACUGCCUCAACUUGUCAUGGGAGGCGUAUGUGGCGACUGAGAGACAGGGAGAGACGGAGGGGGUGGCAGAUGUAGUGGAGUUUG